AUGGUCGGCGCCCAGCCGGCUUGGUACCCGCUUCAAAGGCAGGUUAAACCUGCCGACGAUUAUAGAACCGAAAUACCAACAGCAAAAAUAUCACACCCCAAACCCUCACGAUGGGAAGCCAUCUUCCGCGCCUUUGGGCUCAGCAUCAUCUACGCCAAAUUACACAGCCACAACGAAGAACAACCCAAGGUCGCCAUCUGGAAGAGCCGCCGCGUCGCCCUCCCAAAACUGCUUCUCCAUGUAAUCCCAGUCCUGGGCUGCAGCGUGUUGCUCUGGCUGAACCUGAGCGGAUACUACCUGGGGACCGAGAUCACCGGGAUCGAGGGCCACAACAACGCCAAACUCGGGGCGAUACAGUUCGCGGCCAAGACACACGAAAUCACCAUCAUGGCCUCGCUGGGUAUGAUUGUCUUUUCCAUGGUCCAAAACCGGAUCGUCUCGCGCCCGGCGGCCUUUGGGACGGUCCUCUCUGGUCUGCAGUUUGAGAAACUCAGUUACCUCUGGUCCAGAGAACUCUGGGAGAUUAUCAGCGUGGAAUGGAGCCAGCCGUCUGGGAAAUUGUUUAUCGGCACGCUGCUGGUGGCUAUGUUCUUGGCGCCAACUGUCGGGCCCUCGUCGGCUGUGCUGAUGGUGCCCCGAGUCGACGAUCUGCAGGCCGGUGGAACGGACUUCUGGCUCAAUGCCACGCGCGAGCAGCUCUGGCCGGCAGAGGUCAGCGAUAGUGGUGUCGACCCGACAUGUCUGGUUGAUGAGGGAAAGACAACGUGCCCGGCUGCGGGCUGGAAGGGGCUCGGUAGCGCGGUCUUUCCAGCAUUUGAACAUCUCACCCCGCCGGGGCCGUAUUACUCAUAUAUCCAGUUCCCGGGCGAGGUGUACCUCCUGGGCAAGUAUGGAUUCCGCUCGAUGUUCUUCAACGUUCGGGGAUAUUUCGACGUGACGCUGGCGUCUUGUCCGUCGGCCGUUGUGGCUGACUCGCUCGCCUUGGCCAGUAUGUACUGGCAGCACGCCAGCGAGUGUCCGUCGUGGCGAAAGCACUUCAACUGGUGGAACCGGGCCAGCUGGAGCGUUAAGGGCGUGCAACAGCCCGUCACCAAUGUUGCCUGCAUACGAAUGAAUCUCACCGAUCAGUUAACUGCCCCCCACGGCGUGUUCGCCGCCCUGGGAGGAGGAAUCAGCUUCCCGGUCUUCGACACAUACCGGUGGAUUGGCGACAUAAGCCAUUACGACCCUGUCAACUAUACCGACCCCAGGCUGCUGUCCCAAGUGGCAGAGCGAUUGACACACUCAACACACCCGGAACUGCUGUGGCUCCCCCUGAAUCAGACGCGGUUCGGAAACAACUCGGUUGGUGUCAUCGCGACGUUUCCUCCCAGCGAGAAAUUCAACACCACCAACGUGAUCAGCUGCGAGGUCGAUUCGCGCUGGUUGAACGCAAACCAGAAAAUCACCCGCGAGUACAAGGUCGACAGCACCUGGACCUCCAAAGCCGAUUUCUUCUACGAGCUCAUCAAGAACCGCGCCAGGAUCCCCCUACUGCCGCGCAUCCAGAUCUCCCCACAAUGGGCAAAGUACGUCAACCCGCGCCUCCCGCUCUCCAACCAAACCGUCUUUGAGCAGUUGCUCAUGGCCUCAGGCCUGUGGAAUAUCCAGCCGGAGGGAGAAUCACACAUCCUCGCCCCAUCAGACGCCGCCCUCGGCGACGUCGUCGAAGCCGCUCUGGCCGGCAUGGUCAAUAACGGCCUGGCGAACCUGAGCCCCAUGACAAGUAUCCAGGGCACGCGGCCGGGGGAUGAGCUGUGCACGGAUGCAUGGAUCGACCCUCUCAUGCCGCAGGGCCCCAGCGCGUUCGGGAAGGGCGGCAUGUUCUGGAACAUGGAUGGCAUUGAUACCUCCAACAUGACCAAGUUCACCAUGGAGGUGAUUGUCAACGGGUACGCGUACUCGGUCAAGGGAGCCACGUCCAUUGCUGCUAUGGUUGUGAUGCUGGUUUAUUGUCUGAUGGUGAUUCCUCAUACCAUCUAUGUUGUACGGACCGGGCGGAGCUCGUCGAGUUGGGAUUCUCUUCCUGAGAUUGUUGCGCUUGCGCUGCAGUCCAGACCCACGGCUGCGUUGAAGAACACCGGUGCGGGGAUAUCGACGUCGGCCAUCUUUCGUGCGCCGGUUCAGGUCCUCGGAAUGGAGCGACGGUUGACAUUGGCGUUUGGGGAUACCCAGAAGGGUGGGACCCCGGUCAAGGAGAAUGAGGCGUAUGAAUGA